UGGCUGUAUCUUUUGUAAGUACAAAGGUAUCCGUGUAAUCUAUUCGGUACCUGUUACAGCAUUAUUCAGAAACCGAUACAAAAAGUUGAUAAAGUAGAUUUUAUAGCAAUAUUUUGUAUUCGUUUUCAGUAAUGUUUGAAACGAUCGUGUAACAAGGAAAUAUGGCUAAAUCUAAAAAUCACACCAAUCAUAAUCAGAAUCGCAAAGCUCAUCGGAAUGGUAUCAAAAAGCCGAAACGUUAUAGGCACGAGUCUACGCUUGGUAUGGACUUAAAGUUCCUAAGGAAUCAACGAUUCGCUAAGAAACACAAUCUAAAGCCAAAAGAACAGCUAAAGAGGGCAGAAAAACGCAAAGCGCUAUGCGAAGCGCUUCGCGAAGUUAAGAAAUAAGUUUAUGUAACGAUGAAUUUAUUAUAAUAAAAACUUGAUAAACACUUUUUUUCUAUUA